AGUCAGGCUUUGCGUGAUUGUUGUACAACCAUGAGGCGCAUACUCAGUUGCAGUACAUUAAAGAAUAUCAGUGAAAUAGGUAAAUACCUUCAUUCCCAUGCCUCUUUGACAGCUUGCCUUCGAGCCUUAUUUUCUCAGUCCCUUUGCACGAAGUCUACGAGUGAUUCUACAGCCAUGGAUCUCAGUGGCAUGCGGAAAAAAUACAAAGGAGACGAAGAGGUGAGAAUAAACAAGAGUUUGUAUUUCUUACCUUCUUGUUAUGGCACAAGCUACCUCACUUACCUUUAUAAUUUGGGUUGAAUGACCAUAAAGAUGUCAAUGGCAAUUGCAGAUACUUGCAUAUUCCAGCGGCACGACAAUGCCUACAGUUUGCUCACAUUGUUUCAGUGGUGUAUUAUUUAGCACAGUUUUGGAGUGUAAAUGACCUUGAUGACCCCAGCAUUUUCAUCGCAUUGCAAGUAUGAUAUGUCAAUUGAAUGUACUUUACUCAAAUUUUAAAAUCUGCUUACAAAGCUGACUUCGUUUACGUGCAAAAUCUUGUGAUGUAAUGAAGGGGCUUCUCCCAACAGCUCCAGCAAUGGCAAAGGGAGCAUAACGGCCCCUAUAAUAUACACUAUAUAUACAAAGGUAUGUGGACACCCCUUCAAAUUAGUGGAUUCUGGUAUUUCAUCCACACCUGUUGCUGACAGGUGUAUACAAUCGAGCACACAGCCAUGCAAUCUCCAUAGACAAACAAUGGCAGUAGAAUUGCCUUACUGAAGACCUCAGUGACUUUCAACGUGGCACCAUCAUAGGAUGCCACCUUUCACACAAGUCAGUUUGUCAAAUUUGUGCCCUGCUAGAGCUGCCUCGGUCAACUGUAAGUGGUGAUAUUGUGAAGUGGAAACGUCUAGGAGCAACAACGGCUUAGCUGCGAAGUGGUAGGCCACACCAGCUCACAGAACGGGACCGCAGAGUGUUGAAGCGCGUAAAAAUCGUCUGUCCUCGGUUGCAACACUCACUACUGAGUUCCAAACUGCUUCUAGAAGCAACGUCAGCACAAGAACUGUUCCUCGGGAGCUUCAUGAAAUGGGUUUCCAUGGCCGAACAGCCGCACAGAAGCCUAAGAUCACCAUGCGCAAUGCCAAGCGUUGGCUGGAGUGGUGUAAAGUUCGGCGCCAUUGGACUCUGGAGCAGUGGAAACGCGUUCUCUGGAAUGAUGAAUCACACUUCACCAUCUGGCAGUCUGACGGAGGAAUCUGGGUUUGGCGGAUGCCAGGAGAACGCUACCUGCCCCAAUGCAUAGUGCCAACUGUAAAGUUUGGUGGAGGAGGAAUAAUGGUCUGGGGCUGUUUUUCAAGGUUCGGGCUAGGCCCUUUAGUUCCAGUGAAGGGAAAUCUUAACAAUACCGCAUACAAUGAUAUUCUAGACCAGGGUUCCCCAACUGGCAGCCACGGUCCGAAUUUGGCCCGUGGGUGGUUUUAUUUGUCCCCCCCAAGUUUUCUGAGAAAAUAAAUAAAUGUUUUAUUGUUGGACAUAAUAGACUAAAAACACCAGGAAAUCAGCUACAAGUGAUUUUUAAUUUAAGAAAUCUGUUCCCAAGUAUUCCCACUCAUAAUAGAGAGAAACGUGAUCAUAUAUAUAAAUGUAAGCAAGGUUUGAAAUUAUUAUGUUUUUGUCAAACAUUAUACUGUAUCUGUUUGGGCUUCUUGAGGUCAAUUUGCCAUCUACAAAUUAUUUGUAAUUAUGUUCCGGCACCCCAACCGUCCACUCAAGAAAAAAACGGCCCGCGGCUGAAUCUAGUUGAUGAUCCAUGUUCUAGAGGAUUCUGUGCUUCCAACUUUGUGGCAACAAUUUGGGGAAGGCCCUUUCCUGUUUCAGCAUGACAGUGCCCCUGUGCACAAAGCAAGGUCCAUACAGAAAUGGUUUGUCGAGAUCGGUGUGGAAGAAUUUGACUGGCCUGCACAGAGCCCUGACCUCAACCCCAUCAAACUCAUUUGGGAUGAAUUGGAAUGCCGACUGCAAGCCAGGCGUAAUCGCCCAACAUCAGUGCCCGACCUCACUAAUGCUCUUGUGGAUGAAUGGAAGCAAGUCCCCUCAGCAAUGUUCCAACAUCUAGUGGAAAGCCUUCCCAGAAGACUGGAGGCUGUUAUAGCAGCAAAGGGGGGACCAACUCCAUAUUAAUGCCCAUGAUUUUGGAAUGAGAUGUUCAGGUGUCCAUAUACUUUUGGUCAUGUAAUGUAUCAGGGUCCCAAUCAGGUGAUUGUGACAUUACAGAGCAUGUUGUAGAACAAAUGGUAAUGCAGAAUAGAGAAUUGUGUCACCUCUAGUCAUAACAUCAUUAUCAUCUGCAACGUUAUGAAGGUUCACCUCACUGCAUACACCCCAGUAAUUGGAGUGAUAUCAGAAAUGUAUUGAAGAUGGCAUAAUAGACAUGGGUCAAAAUGUAUUUCCUUAAAUGCCAAUGUCUGCUUAUAUAUUCAAUGUAAUGUGCAUUUUGAUGUAAAAGUCUCAUUAUGUUAACAUGUCGUAGUGCUUUGAAGAGAAUCAGCUCGUGUCUCUGGACCCUAUCAAGCAGUUUGGAGAUUGGUUUGAUCAAGCCGCAAAGUGUCCUGAAAUUGGAGAGCCCAAUGCAAUGUGCAUCGCCACAUCUACUAAGUGAGUACCCCCAUAUGUACUCCCUCAAACACAAUGCUUGCUUCUUAAGCCAAAAUUGUAACACAUUUUCUACCAAUCUGUCUAUUUCUCCAUUAAGAGAAGGACGUCCAUCUGCUCGUAUGGUCUUGUUAAAAGGCUACAGCGAUGAAGGCUUCCGCUUCUUUACCAACUACGAGAGCCGGAAAGGUGGAGAGCUGGUUAGUGUCAGCUACUGUCACGAGGCAGGCAUCUUCCUGUCCUCUCAAAUGUAUGCACUACUAGACUAUGCCAGACUAUUCUUAGGGCUGGGCGGUAUACCGUAUUUUACAAUAUACCUGUAUUGAUGCACGGACCGGUUUAGGUUUUUACUUUACCUUCUAUAACAGUAUUUGAAUGUUUGGUUUGUUAAAUGUGAUAUGCCGUGUGUAACGUCCAUUUUUAUAGUUUACUCCGCUACUUGAGUCAUCCCUCUCCGCUCUCUCUCUCUAUGCCGCUUUCCACACAGAUCUAGCCCCGUCCCCUGUCACUCAAGGAGCACAUUUGUUGUUGCUUGACCACGAGACAACAAUAUUGUUUCCACUUGGCUUCUUAAUAUAAAUCCACAAGCAUUCUAUAAUUACACUAUUAGUUUGUGUUACAUCUGCAAACAGCUACUUUGUCUUUUCUUAGCAAGUUUGAGCUAAAUCCUGUUAGCCGCUAAUGCUAAUCGCUAGUUAGCUGGCAGUGUGGAAAUUAUCUAAAAUGAGUGCAGGAAAUGCAGAAAUUGAUGGAAAUGCAGGAAAUUAUUUUAGGUUGAAGUUAAAUUGAUCAGUAUAUAAAACAAUCAGAAUAGAGAAAGACCCAUUAAAAUCACGUAGAAUGCAUGUGUUGCCACCGUUGGGUCACACACUUCUCGUAAAGGUAAUUUAGAUAUUUUAUUAUUCAAAAAAAUUAAAUACCGUCAAAUACCAUCAACUUUUUUUUAAAUACUGUGAUAUGAUAUUUUGGCCAUAUCGCCCAGCCCUACUACUUCUGUUUGCAGACUUUACAUCAGAUUCUUUCAUUUCCCUUCCGGUAGGAGAGCAACCCUUACGCAUGUCUGUGCUUUUACUGGGAGCCCAUCAACAGGCAGGUAUGUGCUUCAUUUUACCUCUUAAAAUGUAGCCUACUUGUCAACCCAUUGUUUUAAUAUCUUCACAUAUCUUUGAUUUUAAAUGGUGAAUAGGUUAGGUAUACAGUGCCUUGCAAAACUAUUCAUCCCCCUUGGCGUUUUUCCUAUUCCUUUGUUGCAUAACAACCUGUAAUUUAAAUGGAUUUUUAUUUGGAUUUCAUGUAAUGGACAUACACAAAAUAGUCCAAAUUGGUAAAGUGUAAUGAAAAAAAUUACUUGUUUCAAAAAAUUCGACUAAAUAAAUAAUGGAAAAGUGGUGCGUGCAUAUGUAUUCACCCCCUUUGCUGUGAAUCCCCUAAAUAAGAUCUGGUGCAACCAAUUACCCUCAGAAGUAACAUAAUUAGUUAAAUAAUGUCCACCUGUGUGCAAUCUAAGUGUCAGGGUUGGGUUAUAAAAAAAUAUCAGAAACUUUGAACAUCCCACAGAGCACCAUUAAAUCCAUUAUUAAAAAAUUGAAAGAAUAUGGCACCACAACAAACCUGCCAAGAGAGGGCCACCCACCAAAACCCACGGACCAGGCAAGGAGGGCAUUAAUCAGAGAGGCAACAAAGACACCGAAGAUAACCCUAAAGGAGCUGCAAAGCUCCACAGCGGAGAUUGGAGUAUCUGUCCAUAGGACCACUUUAAGCCGUACACUCCACAGAGCUGGGCUUUACGGAAGAGUGGCCAGAAAAAAGCCAUUGCUUCAAGAAAAAAAAUAAGCAAACAUGUUUGGUGUUCGCCAAAAGGCAUGUGGGAGACUCCCCAAACAUAUGGAAGAAGGUACUCUGGUCAGAUGAGAUUAAAAUUGAGCUUUUCUGGACAUCAAGGAAAACGCUAUGGCUGGCACAAACCCAACACCUCUCAUCACCCCGAGGACACCAUCCCCACAGUGAAGCAUGGUGGUGGCAGCAUCAUGCUGUGGGGAUGUUUUUCAUUGGCAGGAACUGGGAAACUGGUCAGAAUUGAAGGAAUGAUGGAUGGCGCUAAAUACAGGGAAAUUCUUGAGGGAAACCUGUUUCAGUCUUCUAGAGAUUUGAGACUGGGACGGAGGUUCACCUUCCAGCAGGACAAUGACCCUAUGCAUACUGCUAAAGUAACACUCAAGUGGUUUAAGGGGAAACAUUUAAAUGUCUUGGAAUGGCCUAGUCAAAGCCCAGACCUCAAUCCAAUUGAGAAACUGGUAUGACUUAAAGAUUGCUAUACACCAGCGGAACCCAUCCAACUUGAAGGAGCUGGAGCAGUUUUGCCUUGAAGAAUGGGCAAAAAUCCCAGUGGCUAGAUGUGCCACGCUUAUAGAGACAUACCCCAAGAGACUUACAUUUUAAUCAUUUAGCAGACGCUCUUAUACAGAGCGAAUUACAGUUAGUGAGUGCAUACAUUUUUCAUACUGGCCCCCUGUGGGAAUCGAACCCACAACCCUGGUGUUGCAAGCGCCAUGCUCUACCAACUGAGCUACAGGGGACUUGCAGCUGUAAUUGCAGCAAAAGGUGGCUCUAAAAAGUAUUGACUUUGGAGGGGUGAAUAGUUAUGCACGCUCAAGUUUUCAGUUUUUUUGUCUUAUUUCUUGUUUGUUUCACCCCCAAAAAUAUUUUGCAUCUUCAAAGUGGUAGGCAUGUUGUGUAAUCAAAUGAUACAAACCCCCAAAAAAUCAAUUUUAAUUCCAGGUUGUAAGGCAAUAAAAUAGGAAAAAUGCCAAGGGGGGUGAAUACUUUCGCAAGCCACUGUACAUGUGUGAAGCUGUUGUGAUGUGGUUUUUGAACGAGUUAACUAAUGCAGGAUGACACUGAAUUUUCUGUACAGUAGUUGGCACUACCCUUGAGAAUGUGUGUGUGCAGAUCCGUAUCGAGGGCAAUGUGGAGAGAAUCCCUUACCAGAGCUCCUGUGACUACUUCCACUCCCGGCCCAAGAGUAGCCAGAUCGGGGCCAUUGUGAGCAGACAAAGCACUGCCGUCCCUGACAGAAAUGUGAGGACAAGCCCAUACUACUCCACUGUAUUAUUGCGAUCCACCAUUGGACAUUGCCAAAAUGAGGGAAAUUAAUGAAAUAUGUUAAAUCUGGGUGAUUCCAGGCCAGGAUACCCAAAAAUGUUUUGGGGCUUUCGCAGAUUGUUCUGCCAAUUUUCACAUAGAAACGUCAUUGGGAGGAAGGAUGCUUGACAUGUACAGUGGGGAAAAAAAGUAUUUAGUCAGCCACCAAUUGUGCAAGUUCUCCCACUUAAAAAGAUGAGAGGCCUGUAAUUUUCAUCAUAGGUACACGUCAACUAUGACAGACAAAUUGAGAAAAAAAAAUCAGAAAAUCACAUUGUAGGAUAUUUUAUGAAUUUAUUUGCAAAUUAUGGUAGAAAAUAAGUAUUUGGUCACCUACAAACAAGCAAGAUUUCUGGCUCUCACAGACCUGUAACUUCUUCUUUAAGAGGCUCCUCUGUCCUCCACUCGUUACCUGUAUUAAUGGCACCUGUUUGAACUUGUUAUCAGUAUAAAAGACACCUGUCCACAACCUCAAACAGUCACACUCCAAACUCCACUAUGGCCAAGACCAAAGAGCUGUCAAAGGACACCAGAAACAAAAUUGUACACCUGCACCAGGCUGGGAAGACUGAAUCUGCAAUAGGUAAGCAGCUUGGUUUGAAGAAAUCAACUGUGGGAGCAAUUAUUAGGAAAUGGAAGACAUACAAGACCACUGAUAAUCUCCCUCGAUCUGGGGCUCCACGCAAGAUCUCACCCCGUGGGGUCAAAAUGAUCACAAGAACGGUGAGCAAAAAUCCCAGAACCACACGGGGGGACCUAGUGAAUGACCUGCAGAGAGCUGGGACCAAAGUAACAAAGCCUACCAUCAGUAACACACUACGCCUCCAGGGACUCAAAUACUGCAGUGCCAGACGUGUCCCCCUGCUUAAGCCAGUACAUGUCCAGGCCUUUCUGAAGUUUGCUAGAGUGCAUUUGGAUGAUCCAGAAGAGGAUUGGGAGAAUGUCAUAUGGUCAGAUGAAACCAAAAUAGAACUUUUUGGUAAAAACUCAACUCGUCGUGUUUGGAGGACAAAGAAUACUGAGUUGCAUCCAAAGAACACCAUACCUACUGUGAAGCAUGGGGGUGGAAACAUCAUGCUUUGGGGCUGUUUUUCUGCAAAGGGACCAGGACGACUGAUCCGUGUAAAGGAAAGAAUGAAUGGGGCCAUGUAUCGUGAGAUUUUGAGUGAAAACCUCCUUCCAUCAGCAAGGGCAUUGAAGAUGAAACGUGGCUGGGUCUUUCAGCAUGACAAUGAUCCCAAACACACCGCCCGGGCAACGAAGGAUUGGCUUCGUAAGAAGCAUUUCAAGGUCCUGAAGUGGCCUAGCCAGUCUCCAGAUCUCAACCCCAUAGAAAAUCUUUGGAGGGAGUUGAAAGUCCGUGUUGCCCAGCGACAGCCCCAAAACAUCACUGCUCUAGAGGAGAUCUGCAUGGAGGAAUGGGCCAAAAUACCAGCAACAGUGUGUGAAAACCUUGUGAAGACUUACAGAAAACGUUUGACCUGUGUCAUUGCCAACAAAGGGUAUAUAACAAAGUAUUGAGAAACUUUUGUUAUUGACCAAAUACUUAUUUUCCACCAUAAUUUGCAAAUAUAUUCAUUAAAAAUCCUACAAUGUGAUUUUCUGGACUUUUUUUCCUCAUUUUGUCUGUCAUAGUUGACGUGUACCUAUGAUGAAAAUUACAGGCCUCUCUCAUAUUUUUAAGUGGGAGAACUUGCACAAUUGGUGGCUGACUAAAUACUUUUUUCCCCCACUGUAUGACAAAAAAUCUUUUUUUUAAUCAUGAUGAAAUUGGCUAUUUUAGCCGCUUUUUAGACCUAUACAUGCCUCCUGUAAGACAUUUACAUUUUAGUUAUUUAGCAGAUGCUCUUAUCCAGAGCGACUUACAGUUAGUGAGUGCAUACAUUUUCAUACUGGUCCCCCGUGGGAAUCGAACCCACAACACUGGCGUUGCAAGCUCCAUGCUCUACCAACUGAGCUACACGGGACUAGACCCGAUGAGCUGUGAACUGUACAUGAUACAGACAACAUAUUGGUGUCAUUAUACUCCUUAUAGUGUGCUCUAACAUAAUGUAGUAUCUCUAGAUUCUGAAAAAAAUAAAAAAUCACAUUAAUUUAUUCAACAUGAAAUAUUUUUUUUCGAAAGCACCCUUUUUGAUUUUGUUCAUUUUAAGAUAUAUUGUUUUGAACAAUAUACUCUACAAGUACAUACAAUUUCCAGAGUGGGCUGUCUUGCUAAUUUUUAAGUUAUUAUUUUCUAAGCAUCACCCACACAGCAAGAAACUAGUGAUUUUCUGAAUGUGCAAUCCUAAAGGAGGGCUGUGAUUAGUAAUGACCUAUAAUAUAAAUGUCUAUGUAUAAAAUGUGUCAUAUCUUCAAAGGUACCAGAGAGCCCACUCUUGAGAUUUUAUGUGUUUUGAAGAGGAUAUUUUUUUUUGUCUGUGAUACAAAUGUCAAACAUCCUUCCUCCCAAUGAAGUUUCUCUGUGAGAAUUGCCAGAAUCUGUCGGGCUGUCCUGGCGUGGAAUCGCUCAUCUGAAGGUUUUGUUUCAUUCUGCAGUACCUGAGACAGAAAAAUGCAGAGCUGGAGGAAAAGUACAAGGACACUGAUGUCCCAAUGCCUGACUAUUGGUUAGUAUCACUAUCAAAUCACCAAGAACUCUGCAUGACUUUGCCAUGCCAAACCUAUUCAGUAAGUUGUCUUAUCAUGCAAGCCUGUUCUUGUUUUUGCCCGUCUUCCCUCUAUCUUCCAACAGGGGAGGCUAUAUCGUCAAGCCUUACAUGAUAGAGUUCUGGCAGGGUCAGACCAACAGGCUACAUGACCGCAUCGUCUUCACACGGCCGAAAAAUGGAGCGAGUGUUCUAGAAGAGUAUCAACAUCAUGCUGAGGCGGGCUGGGUGUACCAGAGGCUAUCCCCUUGACAAUGACGGAUAGGGGAAAUUGAGUAAAGAGCAGGCUGGAGAUUGGGCCUAGCGUACAACUCACUCAUGAUGUCAACAUCAUCAAUCAAACCACCAUCAUUUCAAUACAUUAGGAACCUCUCAUGUUGAUGUUGAAUGGAAUACAUUUUGAUGUUGAAUAACUAGGUGCUAUAUGAUGUGUCUUAUUAAGCCAUAAUUUGCUGUUCUGUUCAAUUGGUCUUGUUUUAUACCAAAUAAAGGAGAGUUUCUGGUUGGUUAGGAAGCCUGAUUGCCUAUUGUCUCCAGGGCAACAAUGGAAAAUAAUUAAUGUGAUGCAACUAUGAACUAUACAGUCUGGCACAUAACCUGUGAUGCAAGGUUUUACUAAUCUGAAUAUGCUAUAUGGCAUGCUUUACAUUUUCUGACUCAUGAAGUGCAAAGUCUGUCUAGUAGAGUAGUCAAGGUACAGUGGGGGAAAAAAGUAUUUAGUCAGCCACCAAUUGUGCAAGUUCUCCCACUUAAAAAGAUGAGAGAGGCCUGUAAUUUUCGUCAUAGGUACACGUCAACUAUGACAGACAAAUUGAGAAAAGAAAAUCCAGAAAAUCACAUUGUAGGAUUUUUUAUGAAUUUAUUUGCAAAUUAUGGUGGAAAAUAAUUAUUUGUUCACCUACAAACAAGCAAGAUUUCUGGCUCUCACAGACCUGUAACUUCUUCUUUAAGAGGCUCCUCUGUCCUCCACUCGUUACCUGUAUUAAUGGCACCUGUUUGAACUUGUUAUCAGUAUAAAAGACACCUGUCCACAACCUCAAACAGUCACACUCCAAACUCCACUAUGGCCAAGACCAAAGAGCUGUCAAAGGACACCAGAAACAAAAUUGUAGACCUGCACCAGGCUGGGAAGACUGAAUCUGCAAUAGGUAAGCAGCUUGGUUUGAAGAAAUCAAUUGUGGGAGCAAUUAUUAGGAAAUGGAAGACAUACAAGACCACUUAUAAUCUCCCUCGAUCUGGGGCUCCACGCAAGAUCUCACCCCGUGGGGUCAAAAUGAUCACAAGAACGGUGAGCAAAAAUCCCAGAACCACACGGGGGACCUAGUGAAUGACCUGCAGAGAGCUGGGACCAAAGUAACAAAGCCUACCAUCAGUAACACACUACGCCGCCAGGGACUCAAAUCCUGCAGUGCCAGACGUGUCCCCCUGCUUAAGCCAGUACAUGUCCAGGCCCGUCUGAAGUUUACUAGAGUGCAUUUGGAUGAUCCAGAAGAGGAUUGGGAGAAUGUCAUAUGGUCAGAUGAAACCAAAAUAUAACUUUUUGGUAAAAACUCAACUCGUCGUGUUUGGAGGACAAAGAAUGCUGAGUUGCAUCCAAAGAACACCAUACCUACUGUGAAGCAUGGGGGUGGAAACAUCAUGCUUUGGGGCUGUUUUUCUGCAAAGGGACUAGGACGACUGAUCUGUGUAAAGGAAAGAAUGAAUGGGGCCAUGUAUCGUGAGAUUUUGAGUGAAAACCUCCUUCCAUCAGCAAGGGCAUUGAAGAUGAAACGUGGCUGGGUCUUUCAGCAUGACAAUGAUCCCAAACACACCGCCCGGGCAACGAAGGAGUGGCUUCGUAAGAAGCAUUUCAAGGUCCUGGAGUGGCCUAGCCAGUCUCCAGAUCUCAACCCCAUAGAAAAUCUUUGGAGGGAGUUGAAAGUCAGUGUUGCCCAGCGACAGCCCCAAAACAUCACUGCUCUAGAGGAGAUCUGCAUGGAGGAAUGGGCCAAAAUACCAGCAACAGUGUGUGAAAACCUUGUGAAGACUUACAGAAAACGUUUGACCUGUGUCAUUGCCAACAAAGGGUAUAUAACAAAGUAUUGAGAAACUUUUGUUAUUGACCAAAUACUUAUUUUCCACCAUAAUUUGCAAAUAAAUUCAUUAAAAAUCCUACAAUGUGAUUUUCUGGAUGUUUUUUUUUCAUUUUGUCUGUCAUAGUUGACGGGUACCUAUGAUGAAAAUUACAGGCCUCUCUCAUCUUUUUAAGUGGGAGAACUUGCACAAUUGGUGGCUGACUAAAUACUUUUUUUCCCCACUGUAUGUUAAUGAAUGACAGAAAAUCAACAAUGUGUUUCCGCAGACCUCAACAACCUCUAUAAACAAUCUCCAGUACUGUCUGUCUGUUAUUUAACUUGUGUACAUGAGUUCCAUUCUAUUGGAUCAGGGAUAGCCUACAUGUUCUGUCUAGCUGCUAAUAUGUCUUCUAAAGGCCAAAAUCCACAGCAGUUUCUCUGUCAUAAUGUAAAAACGAUAGCCUAUUAGGCUGAAGUCCCUGUGUUGAAUUUGUUAAUGAUUUAUUGUCAGUCUUAAAUCCAUGUCUGUGGAUCCAACUGCCUUUUAAAUAUAGGUAUAUUAAUAUUAAAAGAGCUGAUGUGAGUUCAGUUGUGCCAAGGUAAUUCUGUGUAUAAAGUUGUCUGAGAAUGAGCUUGGUCGUUUAUGUGAUUUUGAGAAAUGUGCAUUUGUGAUGGCAUAUCUGAAUUGUAAUGGACUGAAUGGAUAAAAAAGAUAAGUGUAAUUUGUAACUGAAUACUCAGUGCUUUUUCUGCCAGAAGAUGUCACAUCUUACCUACCAUUAAGCAUAUUGCCACACCUUGACAGACUUUUGUUUUAUCAACUUUAUUUUAUAUAGACCUUUUCUAGCAUGUUAGAUGAAACACAGAACUGUAUAAAUUGAAAAUAAUCACUGGAUCACAUUAUACUCUUUGACUUGUUCUUAUGAGUAGACAUGCCCUUUUCUGUGAUUGCUUCAAUGCCCUCUAUCCCUCCUCACAUCUCCUAUGUCUGACUCCUUUUACCCCAGCCUUGCCAACUUUCACACUCAGAUUAGGUGACAAACAGGACGAUAAGUCACUGAUAGAGGGCCCAGUUUACACAUUCUUAUGUCACCACGUCUUAUGUAAUAACUAGACUUCUUCAUGUCAUUAAAUAUACAAAACAAUAUGUAUAGCAAACAUCUAUAACAUCUAAAUGAUUGGCUCAAACGCAUUAAGAAGGAAAGAAAUUCCACAAAUUAACUUUUAAGAAGGCACACCUGUUAAUUGAAAUGCAUUCCAGGUGACUACCUAAUGAAGCUGGUUGAGAGAAUGCCAAGAGUGUGCAAAGAUGUCAUCAAGGCAAUGGGUGGUUAUUUGAAAAAUAUAUUUUUAUUUGUUUAACACUUUUUUGGUUACUACAUGAUUCCAUAUGUGUUAUUUCAUAGAUUUGAUGUCUUCACUAUUAUUCUACAAUGUAAAAAAUUGCAAAAAUAUAGAAAAUCCCUCAAAUGAGUAGGUGUGUCCAAACCUUUGACUGGUAAUGUUUCACAUAUAUUCACUCCAGAUAUAUUCACUCAUGAUCCCUUGUUCAGACACAGGCAACAUAUUUGUUGCCAUAUUCUUGAAAAUCUUGAAAAGUGCAAUGCUCACAGGAAUGAACUGUUGAAGGUACUUUGCUAUCCACACAAAGAUACCACACAUUCUAAUAUGUUUGUGCAUCAAUUAACCUUGAACAUUAUUGUUAUUAUGGGUGUGAGUGAGAAUUUAGCUGGUUACAGUAUCAUCGGUGUACUUGAGUAUAGUGUCCACCUUGGGAGUGUAUAUUUGUUUUGUGCGAAUAAGAUGGCUGUGUUUUCGUGAAUGGUUUGGCUGUUUGUUGUUCAU